AUGGGCGACCACGUCCUCUUUUUCUACGGAACCUUAAUGGCCCCUCAAAUUCUCCACCGGGUAAUUCACGGUUCACCAGACCCAGAGCCCUGGCAAAAAGCCCUCCUCACAUUCAGGCCGGCCAUUCUGCACGGGUACCGACGGCAUCGGGUGCGGGGAGCCGACUACCCAGGCAUCGUGCCGGCCAAGCCAGCGACUACGGAGCCAGACACGGAUUCGAAUGCUAAUGGUAUGGCAGCCGUGCUUGGGACGGUUGUUUCGGGAUUGACAGACGGUGAUGUCCAUCGAUUAGAUAUCUUUGAGGGUGUGGAGUAUGAGAAGAGUAAGGUAAAGGUUAGGAUUUUGCGGGAAUCGCUGGGUGGCAAGGAUGGGGGACUGGAUGGGAAGGAUACGGAUAGGCAUUUGAUGGAUGUUCUGGAUGCUGCUGGGGCGGAGUUUGCGGAUGAAGGGGAGGAGGUAGAGGCUGUCACAUAUGUUUAUGUUGCUGGGGAAAGUAUGCUGGAGGAUGGAGAGUGGGAUUUCGAGGCAUUCAAGAGGGAUAAAAUGGCCUGGUGGGUGGGGGCAGAUGAAAGUGAGUGGUAA